GUAAGAAACAAUUUCUAUUUAGUACUAUUCAAAAUUAUACUGUAGUUUCUAAAGAUUGCAUGCUGAUGCUUAUAUAAUACAGGACAACAUUGUAGUGCUCAGAAGCUUCUUGAUGCAGAAGAUACUCACUACCGGCCAAGAAAGUGUCACAGGAUGGUACAGAAAGGUUGACCUGUUUGGGUGUGACAGGCUACUGUGUAUUAUAAAUGACAAGGGGAACCACUGGACAUUGAUGGUCAAUGACAACACACAGAAAGAAAUGAGGUACUAUGACUCACUUAGAGGUGAAGGAAGUGUAUACACUAAUGCUUUGAAGAAGUAUCUUGAAAAUGAGAGCAUUCGACGUCAGAGCACACUGUUUGACUGGAAUGGGUGUAAAUUUUGCAAAGCCGAAGACAUCUCACAGCAAGAAAACAAUCAGGACUGUGGAGUCUUUUUACUUGAUGUAAGGAUCUGUUCUGAUGGUUUCGAUACCUAAAUUUUUACAGCAAUAUGUUGCCGUACAUCAACAAUAUUACUUAGGUCCUAAAUAAAUACUUAUAGUUAUUAUGGACUUCGCUAAG